UGACGAAAGAGUCGAGGCUGGAUUUAGCUUCCGUCCUCCAGAGGAAGUAGCCGUCGCUCGCCUGUGACGCAACACACCCGCGACGUUCAACUUCAGCAAGGGUCUCCAACAAGAGAACAAACAACCUCGCGGAGGAGAAAACGCGUCGUUCUGUUCAAAAUGUUGAAAAGGAAAUCGAGCGGCGGCGAGAAGAAGAGGAAACACUCGCAGUCUGAAGAGCGACACGACAACAAUGGCCGCAGGAGCGCGGGAGCCAAUGUGGAGAUGAAGUCCAAAGAUGAAUUUGCUGACCAAGAGCUGGACAGGAUUGGCAGUGACAUUGAGGAGGGGGGUCUGGACCUCAACCUUCCAUUUCAACCCAUCACUGCCUACGUGACCGACAAGAGUGAGAUGCUACGGCAGUGUGUCCUCGUGCUGGCGGAGAAGAAGCUGCGGAAGAUGCUGCCUGAUGAGCUCAAGGAUUGUAAUUUAGAGGAAAUCAAAAAACUAUGUUGGGAGCAACUGGAGCCGAUCUCAGAGAGAAAUCUUUUUCAAAUCUUAGCAGGGGAAGAGCUGACAUCUGGAAAUGAGGAUGAAAACACAGAGGAAACCGUGGAGAGCCAGCAAGACAAUAAUGUAGACUCCACAUCUUGCAUCAAAGAAACAGUCAAAACUGAGGACCCAAAGCAAGAGGGGGGUGGCUCAGGUGAGGAGAGCGAUGUCUUGAGUAUAAAUGCAGACACUUAUGAUAGUGACAUUGAAGGACCCAAAGAGGAGCAGGCUGCCAAAGCUGUGAAGUUAGAGGAAAGCAGUCAGGAUGCAGCUGACCCCCCUGUAAACCCUGACCCAGCUGAUCCUCCCGAUCCUCCUCCCGCUGACUCCCAACCAGCCGAAGCAAAGAAGGACAUUCAAAGAGACAUAGAUAAAAGCGUCAGUGAGAUUUUAGCGAUUUCAUCCCCUUCAAGUAAAGAGGUAGCUAAAGAGGAGAGCGCACCACCGCAGCCUGCAGACGUCAGCCCACCCGUUCAAGGCAGACCUGUUUCAAGUGGCGCACCUGCCGCUAGUCAGCCGUCCAUUCAACAGCUGGAGCUUCUGGAGCUGGAAAUGAGGGCGAGAGCCAUCAAGGCCCUGAUGAAAGCCAGCGAUGGGAAGAAGGUUUCUUCUGUGAAAAAUGUCUAACAUGGUUCCCCCUUAUGUUUUUUUUGUUUCUAUGGUUUCACUGCACUUUGAAAAACAAAGUUUGCAGAUGCUGAAUUUAGUUUAGUUUUUUUAAACUAGAUUUUUCUUUUUUAUUAGUGUUCUAAAUGUUACAUUGAUGCCAUGUUUGCAUUAUUACUCCAUAUUGGACUGGUGUGACAAACUGGUUGAUACCAAAUUAAACACAAAGAGCUGUUUUAUUUCUGCUCUACUCUCA